GUUUAUGUGAUAUUAAGAAACCGUGGAUGUAUGAAAGAUGGAAUCCCGGGAAAACAAGCAAGAGCAAAAUACUGGACCUAUUUUGUGUUAUGAUAAAGUCCUAUGUGAUGAAGAACUUUUCAAGCACAGGAAGCCGACAGACAAGACUGUACCCCAGCGGGGAGGGGACAAGGAUUUCUCACCUGAUGAUUCCUGGCUCCAGGCCAAAAGACUGGAGAAGUUUUAUGAAGAAAGAAGAGCUGUAUUAGCAGAACCUAGAGUAGAAAGAGUUGGGAGUCUUGUCACUGGGGAAUGGAAUCCACAAUUGCAGCUUGUGGAACUACAUAAGGAAAUGGGUAAAUUUUGGUCCUGUAUGGGAUUCUCAGACAAAAGCAGGAAAUGGCUGUACCCAGAGGAGGCCUUGUUUUUGAUGGAAACGAAUACUUUAGAAGUCUGGUAUAAAGGAUUACCUGUUAGCAUUCAACAAGCAUACACAGAAUUUCUGAAAAAUUUCAAAUUUGAGGAAUACUUAGUCUAUGCUCAUCUUAGACGGAUUGGAUAUGUGGUGCUUCGUCACCAGGGGAGGUUGUUGAGUACAAAGUAUGAAAGGAAGAUUAAGCUGGACAAGCACAUUAACCUUAAAAAAAGAAGGAACGCUCAGGUCACAUCAGUGAAAGAUGAAGAGUCAGCAGAUACACCACAGAAAAAAGUCAGAGUCUCUGAUAAUGAGGAAUUUUCUGAAAAUUCAAAGGUGCAAACGUUGGAAAUUCCUAGUACUUGUGUGCACAUGGAGGACCAUAUGUCUGAUUCAAAGUCAAAUAAUCUGGAGAACAAACACAUAGAUACAAAGGGUAGACAUGAUGAUUUGACAGUAUCAGUCAAAGAAAACGAUAAAAUUAACUUUGAAACAACUGGGGUAGGUCAAGUUCAACACAAUUUUGAGGAAAGCCUUGGCUACAAUAGGAAAGAUGUCAAUACUGGGGGAAAAGAUGAAGAAUGUAAAGCAACCAGAUACAGUGUGUGGAAUUUUGAGGAAAUAAAGUUCCCUGAUAUUAGUGAUAUUGACAAUUUUGCUAAUCUUCAGCUCAAGGAUAUUCCACAGAGAUUUCUGCCUGAAGGAAUUCCUCCAUUGUCUAGGCUUAAGGUUAAUGCAGAACAAUUUGUAAAGCAGAAAAAACAAUCACAGAAAUUUCUAAAUUCUAAGGGAAAAUUUGGACAGGAAUUAGAUUAUUUUGACUUGAAUUUUUCAUGUGAUGUGGUUCAACCUGUCAAGAAAGUAUCUGCAUCUAACUGGAGAGAGUACAAGGAGAAAAUGCUGGAAUCGAUGAAGGGAGAGAACUUCAUUUCUCCAGUGGAACAUCUCUGGAAGGAUGAAGUAACCCCCCUUGUAAGACCAGAAGAUGCUCAGAACACAAUUGCAGUGUUGGAAAAGCUCAAAGUGAUUCAAACAUGGGAUGGAAACUCAGUUUCUACAAGGAACACUGAGGCAAACCAGGAUUUGCCCAGAGUAUCAUAUGAUGUGUACAAGCCUGAUGCAAAGUUUAGGAAGUCCAACCCUGGAAUCCCUGAUCACAGAAUCUGUGUUGUAGGAAGUGAAGAAGACCCUCCAUCCUUGUCAACUUUGAUGUCUUUCUAUGGUUAUUUUGAUGAUGAGGUUCCUCUUCAUUGGGCAGUUGCAGAUGAAGGAGAAAUUGCGUUUUACUCUUUUGGGCAAAUUUCCCUUCCAACACAAGUGUUCAUGGGCUAAGAUGAAAUGAUAUGAUCUUCUUUUUUGAAACUAAGAUCAAAAUAAAUUACCAAGAAUGA